CUUGCUAUUCUACCUUCUUUGACUAGCUUCAUGCUUUGUUUGGUGUCUGACACAAAACAGAGAAAUUUGUGGUUGACCAUAGCCCAAGACUGCUUACCAGCAAACCUAGCUCUCCUACUUUUUGUCAUAUCCAGCAUGGCUUCUGCGUGGUCUGACGAGAACACCUUUGUUUGUCCAGUCUGUUUGGAAACCCUGACGGACCCAGCCACUCUACCCUGCGGACAUUCAUACUGUUUAGCUUGCAUCCAAAACCACUGGGACAGAGGAGAUGCCAAAGGUGAGUACACCUGUCCCCAGUGUCGGCAAGUCUUUAACCCCCGACCUCCACUGGCAAAGAGCACAGUCCUAGUGGAGGCCAUGGAGAAACUGAGAACCAGCAGCCUCAGGGAAAGCCGCUACACAUCUGCCUCAUCUGCCCCAACAUCAGUGCCUGCCUACCUGGAGGUCCUACCGGCCACCAAGCCAGUGGGGGCUUGUCUGCGACAGGGCAGUCUCUACCCUCAGCUUUCCCCUGUGCCCCCCAGGACCUGUUCACAACACAGUCUACCCUUGGAUCUGUUUUGCCACGAGGACCAUGAGUGUGUAUGCAAAAUGUGUUGUCAGCAUGGACACAAGGGACAUCAUGUUGUCAAACCAGAGGAAGAGAGGAGAGAAAGACAGAAAGAACUUACUCAGAUGCAGGCAGAGAUAAAGAUGAGAAUUGAGCAGACUGAGAAGGAUGUUAAAGAGCUGCCACCUGCUGUCCGUCAACACAAGGCUUUGGUCCAGGCACUAGCGAGAGAAAGUGCAGACUUAUUCUUGGAGUUCACCAGAAGUGUGACUGCCACAGGCACCAAGGUCGGGGAGCUUCUUGGCACCUAUGAGGCUUCAUUAGGAAGCCGAGUGGAAAGUGAAAUCCAGAGACUGGAGCAGGAAGUGGCACAACUGCACAGUAAGAAUGAGGAGCUAAACGGUCUGACAGACAUUCAAGACAACAUCUGGUUUUUGAAGAACUUUCUGACUAUGGAGCCACUGGGUCAGGCUGUGACCACAAGAGGGUCAGCACUGAGCCAGGAAGAAGAGACGGUGGACACACUCCGCUCAGCCAUGAUGGAAUUCAAAGACUCUCUGCAGGGCCUCUGUAAAGCCAGCCUGGACAAGAUCUCCAGACUCGUGGAUGCCGGCCCCGUGGCUUCAGUACCCAGUGCUUCAACAGCAGCUGAUCCCAGCACUCAAGCUGCUGCACAACCCACAGUAUGUCAUAUGUCAUCAAACCCUCCACCUUUAACACCUCAAGGAAAUGACGCUGUCGCCCUAUCUUCACCUCAACUUCCUGCACAAAUUCAAGCUUCAGCUCCGCCUCCACCCCUCCCUCCCCUCCAAGCUCAAGCAUGCGCUGCACCAACACUGACAGAGAUGAACCCACAACCAAAGACAAGACAAGACUUGCUGAAAUUUCGUUUUGAACCCACCAUGGACCCAAAUACGGUGUUUCGCCACAUGCUGCUGUCAGACGGGGAUCGUAAGGCCACACUACAGGCUGCAAACCUGAACCCUCCAGACCAUCCAGAACGUUUCACAUUCUGGAGACAAGCUCUGUGCAGAGAGCCCCUGGCAGGGAGUCCGUACUACUGGGAGGUGGCGUGGACCGGUCGGAAAAUCAGCAUCUGUGUUGCAUACAAGGAAAUGGAACGCAAGUCUUCUGAUGAUCGAAGCCGUCUGGGCCACAACGCAGAGUCUUGGAGCUUGUACUGGUCUGGAACAGGUUUCUCCUUCUGGCAUGAAAACAAGGAGAAACUCCUGGGUUCACCCAAGGCCCGGCGGAUUGGUGUCUAUCUGGACCAGCACAUGGGGGUUCUGGCCUUUUAUUGCAUUGCCAACAACCAGGCCAACCUCAUCUACUGGCACCAGGCCGACUUCACGGCCCCGCUGUACCCGGGGUUCAGGCUCUGGGGAGAUGUAGGAGCUACAGUGACCAUUUGUGAAUUAGACUGAGUUAUAAAAACAUGUUAACCAUAAAUCUGCUGUUUGAAUAUGAGGGACUAUGAAAGUUUAUUGAAAAAGAACAUGGUGUAUUGUAAGACGAUACUGAGGAAUUUGAUCUGUUUAAAUGAAAAUCAUGUCAGAUAUGGCCAUUAUUUGUAAUGUUGUUUGUGUAUCAGCCUCCAUUCAGUUGAGGUUAUUUCUGACUUUCUAAAAAUUCAUGUUAUGAAUAAAACCUGAGAGCAAAGACAUUUUUCAUCAUUUCUAUAUGUUUAUAUAACAGAAGUAUGUUUUAAAACUGGAAAAAGUACAAAUACACUAUUUAUUCACAUGGAGUAAAAAUUCCAAGACGUAUACACACACCU